AGGGCAGUCGACUCUAAACAGUGCGCACGUGUUCCAGCGUCACCGAAGCGCGUGCCGGAGCCCACGGGAACACUCCUCAACUGUCAGGAUAGUUUACUGCCGUCUCGUUUUCGUUAACUGACCGUGAUAUCAUUAAUGAAGAUUCAGAGUCUCCCUCACCUUCAUGUUUGCGCAGGCUAAGUUUGCUAUUUCAUCGUGAACAAUGAUUUUAGAGAGAAUACCUCCAAGAAUAUGCUCUUUAUUCAUGCACAGGGCCGCGCUGAGACCGGCGCACUCCUCGUCUGUGCCGCCGCAGCCGGUUCCUCCGCUCCCGCAGACGCUGCAGCGCUACCUCACGGCCCUGGAGCCGCUCCUGCCGCCCGACGAGCUCGAGCACACCCGCAGGAUCGUGCAGAAGUUCGGCUGCCCUGGAGGUCUGGGCGAGAGACUGCAGCGAGAGCUGGUGAACCGAGCCAAGCACUCACACAACUGGAUUUCAGACUGGUGGGUGCAGUGGGCGUAUCUGGAGUGCAGACAGCCCUUGGCAGUGCAUUCGAACCCUGCCAUCUCUCUGCCCAAACGAGACUUCACUGACUGGAAAGGACAACUAGUGUUUGCGUCGAAGCUCAUUGCAGGAGUGUUGGACUUCAAAGCUCAGGUGGACAGUGGGAGGCUGGCGCCGGAGUACAUGCGCGGACAGCCCUUGUGUAUGGAGCUGUUUCCUCACUUGUUCUCCUCCUGUCGAAUCCCAGACCCCAAACAUGACCAUGUGGUUCACUACGGACGUCCACGCCGUGGCCCAGCGCACAUUACAGUGGUCAGGAACUACCAGUUUUUCCAGCUGGAUGUUUACAACAGUGAUGGAACACCACUGACCGAGAGUCAGAUCCAUGCUCAGCUGUUGCGGAUCCGCUCUCAGUCCUGGAAGACCGAUAAGGAACCGAUGGGGAUCUUGACCAGCGAGCAUCGUCACACCUGGGGUCAGGCUUACACACGCUUGCUCAGAGAUAAAAUCAAUAAAGAAUCUGUGAGGCUGAUUGAGAAAUCGAUCUUCACACUGUGUUUGGACUCUCCAGUGAUGAGGAUUUCUGACGAGAAGUAUUCUAGUAAAAUGGCAGCGCAGAUUUUGCAUGGAGGAGGGACUUACUCAAACAGUGGCAAUCGCUGGUUUGACAAGACGCUACAGUUUGUCGUCGGUGAGGAUGGGUCUUGGGGUCUCUUGUAUGAACAUGCGACAGCUGAAGGUCCACCUAUUUCCACAUUGUUGGAUCACGUACUAGAAUACUGUAAGAAACCGGACCGAAUGCGAGCUCCUUUGAUUCCUCUGCCCAUGCCCAAGAAACUCUACUUCUACAUCAAUUCUGAGAUCAAAUGGGAUCUAGAGAUGGCCAAGCAGAAUCUGGAUAUUCUCAUCAACGAUUUGGACAUCAAAUGUUUUAAUUUCCAGCGCUUUGGAAAAGAGUUUGUCAAACAGCUCAAGCUGAGUCCAAACUCCUUCAUCCAGGUGGCGAUUCAGCUGGCCUACUACCGGGUCCACAGUGAAGUGUGUGCAGCCUGUGACAUCGCCUCUCUGAGGAUGUUCCGCGGGGGGCGAACAGACUACAUCCGCUCUCCAACCAAUCAGAUGCUGAGCUUCAUACAGGCCUUUGAUGAUGAUGCUGUUUCUAGAGAAGCCAAGGUGCAGCUUCUGAGAGAAGCUGUUGAUGCCUACAGCAUCCUCACAGAGCAGUCGCUGAAUGGGCAGGGGAUAGACCGUCACCUGCUGGGUCUCAAACUUCAAGCCAUCGAGGAGGGACUGAGCGUUCCCCGAAUCUUCAUGGACACGGCCUAUGGACUUGCCACUCACUGGAAGCUCAGAACUGGACAGGUGCCCACCAACACAGACAGUGUGAUGUGUUUUGGACCGCUGGUUCCAGAUGGAUAUGCAGUCUGUUACAAUCCACAGCCAGAUCACGUCCACUUCUCCAUCACUGCCUUCAACUGCUGUGAGGAAACCAACGCAGAGAAGCUGGCUCUCACAUUGGAGCGAUCGCUUCGUGAUCUCCAGGAGUUAUUUCAGCCCAAUGUUUAGCACCGUCUAGACAUUCAGAGAUGGUUUAAACUCUACUCCAGCAUUGCGACGGCUUCAGGAACACAGUAUUUCAUAUGUGCUGAACAGAAUGUACUCCUGGAAGUACUAGGCUUUGUUAAACGAGUGGUCUUCAUAGAGGUUUGCAUGAAGUACAGUGCAUUUGAGCACCUGAGGUACAGGUGAAUGUAUGAUGGACCAUUUGCUGAGAAGAAAUGUAUGAUUGCUAUUUUUGGUAUAUUUGAAGAACAGCCAUGAAGACUUAAAUCAGUAAUCUAAUGUGAUACCAAAAUUAAAGGCACUUGAAAUAUGAAA